AUGGGAAUCAUCGCGAUUCACCACAAUCUUAUAUUCAUCGCAGACAACAACCUCACUCAACUAACCGCGGGCAAGGAAGCAAGCGGAAGAGGUGACGGAUGGGCGUCCUACACACCCAGCACCAAUCAACGCCAACCAACAACAGCAACGCAGCCAGCUGAACACACGCUCAUAGCAGUCGCCCGUUAUCGGUUUGCGACCCUGUAG